AUGAUUGAUGAUCACCGAGGUUGGAAUGACAUGUUGCCAUAUGCUUUAUUGGUUUAUCGAACGACUGUCAGAACGUCGACUGGACCUACUCCGUACCUAUUAGUAUAUGGAAUAGAAGCAGUCAUACCUGCGGAAGUUGAAAUACCGUCUUUGAGAAUCAUCCAAGAAGCUGAGCUAAGUAAUGCUGAAUGGGUCAGCAAGCGGAUUGAUCAACUAACUUUGAUUGAUGAGAAGAGAAUGGUUGUCAUCUUUCAUGGUCAGUUGUAUAGACAGAGUAUGAUUCAUGCCUUUCACAAGAGAAUGAGAGCCAGAAUUUUCGAAGUCGGUCAGUUGGUUCUUAAGCAUAUUUUUCCUCAUCAAGACGAGUACAAAGGAAAGUUUGCACCAAACUAA